CUCGAGGUGGACGGCGCUGCUCGGUGUCUGCGUGGUCAAAAGAGAGCCAUGGCGCGGGAAAAAGGCAAGUUGGAGUUUCCUGUCCAGCGCAGAGCUUCACCCUUGGAAGAGAUGGACGAGGAUGAAGAGGAAGAAGAUGACUUGGAUCUCUUUGGGGGUUAUGAUAGUUUUCGACAGUACAGCAGCAGCGUGGACAGUGACAGUACCUCCUGCCUGGAAGAUUCUAGUGAGAAUGAAACUGCAGAUCGAGAAGCCGGGGAAGUGCCUGCAUCCCCAACACAAAACCAGAUACCUGCCGGACGAUUACCAGAUGAUAAUGGAUCAGAGCCAGCUAUCUGUGAGAUGUGUGGGAUUGUGGGCACAAAAGAUGCCUUCUUCUCAAAGACCAAACGUUUCUGCAGCGUCUCCUGCUCCAGAAGCUACUCUUCAAAUUCCAAGAAGGCCAGCAUCUUGGCUAGGCUGCAGGGAAAACCACCUACAAAGAAAGCAAAAGUCUUGCACAAGGCUGCCUGGUCUGCUAAAAUUGGGGCGUUCCUUCAUACACAGGGGACGGGUCAGCUUGCAGAUGGAACUCCAACUGGCCAGGAUGCUCUUGUUGUAGGAUUUGACUGGGGGACGUACCUAGAGGAACAUGGAUGCAAGGCCGCACCUGUCAGCGGUUUUAAACAUGUGCCCCUUUAUGAGCAAUGGGAGGAUGUGAUGAAAGGGAUAAAGCUGGAAGUGUUGAACAGUGAUGCUGUGCUUCCUAGUCGUGUAUACUGGAUUGCUUCUGUUGUUAAGAUUGCAGGCUACAAGGCACUGCUACGUUACGAAGGUUUUGAAAGUGAUUCUAGCCAUGACUUCUGGGUCAACUUGGGCACGAUGGACAUCCACCCUAUUGGCUGGUGUGCCAUCAACAGCAAAAUCCUGGUUCCACCCCAGACUAUCCGUUCCAAGUACACAAACUGGAGGGAUUACCUUAUGAAGAAGCUUGUAGGAGCCAGGACCAUCCCGGCAGAUUUCCAUAUAAAGAUGACCGAGAACAUGAAGUAUGCUUUCCGCCAAGGAAUGAGAGUAGAAGUGGUGGACAAGACCUGUGUUUCGCGGACACGUAUGGCAGUAGUGGACACGGUUAUCGGUGGUCGUCUGAGGCUCCUUUAUGAGGAUGGGGACAGUGAUGACGAUUUCUGGUGUCACAUGUGGAGUCCUCUCAUCCACCCUGUAGGCUGGUCUCGAAGGGUUGGCCAUAGCAUAAAGAAACCAGAAAAGUGUAACGACAUGGCAAACCAUCCUACCUUCCGGAAGAUCUACUGUGAUGCUGUUCCAUAUCUUUUUAAGAAGGUGCGUGCUGUCUAUCCAGCAGGUGGUUGGUUUGAAGAGGGCAUGAAACUGGAAGCUAUUGACCCUUUGAACCUGGGCAACAUUUGUGUGGCUACCGUUCGCAAGGUCCUCUUGGAUGGAUAUCUGAUGAUUGGCAUAGAUGGCACAGCCUCAGAGGAUGGCUCUGAUUGGUUUUGCUACCAUGCUUCCUUACACUCCAUUUUCCCUGUCGAUUUCUGUAAGAAGAACAGCACUGAACUGAUUCCUCCGAAAGGAUAUGAUGCCAAGACCUUCAGCUGGGCAAGUUACCUAGAAAAGACCAAGGCGAAGGCUGCACCAACACGCCUGUUCAAUAUGGAUUGCCCAAACCAUGGCUUCAAGGUGGGCACCAAGCUAGAAGCAGUAGAUUUGAUGGAACCCAGACUUAUCUGUGUGGCCACAGUGAAGCGGGUGGUCCAUCGGCUUCUCAGAAUCCACUUUGAUGGCUGGGACAGUGAAUAUGACCAGUGGGUGGACUGCGAGUCUCCAGAUAUCUAUCCUGUGGGUUGGUGUGAACUGAUAGGUUACCAGCUGCAGCCGCCAGUGGUCCCAGAGCCCGUGUCACCUGUGCCAGUCAAGGAGGUGCCAAAGAAGAAGCGGAAGCCAUAUGGGAAGAAAAGAAAAAAGAUGACUGCUAAAGCCCGUUCCGUCAAGCAAACAGCUAAGACACAGGCUGCUCCAAAACCAAAGAAAGGAAUGCAAGCGGCAAGUGAGGCCUCAGCGAAACCAGCUCCUGAUCCAGCGGUUGUUGUGCAGGUGAAAGAAGAAGUUCUUGAUGAUUCAGGGAUGGCUUCUGAAGCUCCAGAACUUCCAGUACCAAUCAGCUGCAUAAAAGAUGAGGACAUGGAACCAGAAGCUCAAGCAAGCCCUUUGCUGAGUGGUUCUUUCAAAGAUGAGGACAUGGAGCCAGAAGCCCCAAAGAGUCCUGUUCUAACCGGUUCCUUAAAAGAUGAGGACAUGGAAUCAGAAGCUCCAUUAAGCCCCAUGCUGAGCAGUUCCGUGAAAGAUGAGGAAAUGGAACAGGAAGCCUCAAAGAGUCCUGUGCUAAUUGGCUGCCUGAAGGAUGAGGAUGUGGACUAAACUUUUAAGGAAGCAAAGAGACUUCAUUAUCAUGCGCAGUAAUAUUAUGAAUGACAGAAAGGCUCACUGAGCUUGUUUGAGGACUUGGGCCGAAGGGCAGAUCUGUAGAAAAUGGCCAUCUCCCACCAAAAAACUGCUUUUGGAAAAUGGACAUAAUCAGAUCAUGUAAAAAGGCAAAUCUAUGCUGCUUUUUGAAGCAAUACAACAGGAAACAGAAGAUGAAUUUCUCCACUUGGCUUGAAGGGAGGGGAGAAGAUGUAUCAUCUUCAAUAUGAUUAUGUGUAUGGAUAAGCACUGAAGUUAUAAGCACUGGAUAAGCACUGAAGUUAUUCUGUGCUAUGGUGGGGGGCACUAUAAGUCUUGCUUCUGCUCUCCAUAUUAACCUUUGUCAUUUUCUGUAUUGUGUUGUCAGAUUUUGUUUGUUGUUUGCCAUUUGACCAAGAGCACACUAUUCAGCCAAUGAAAUUGAACACAAACGAAAAUGAACUUUGGUUUGUCAGCUGGUUCGUGCCCAUCCCUAAUACUACUUGCAGUUAGAUGUUCCUCAUGGAAUGCAGAACAAUCACUCAAAGCCAUAUUGUUGCAAUUUUUGAUGUCAAGCUACACAGAGUCAGAGUCUGAAAUCCAUUUUGUUCAAAGAUGGAGGCUGUAACUAUGCCAAUUUAUGGCCAAAAAACAAGCUCUGAUGCCCCAAGCUGGAGUGCUUGGCAUUCAGUGACAAUUUAGAUAUAGUAGGUAUCUCAGAAAUAUGGUGUAAUGGGGAAAAUCUAUGGGGUACAGUCAUUCCUGGGUAUAAACUAUAGGCAAGAUAAGGAGGGACGGGUUGGUGGUGGUAGUGUUGCUUUAUACAUCAAAGACCAUAGACUCAAAUAAGAAAACAUCAGGAAUUAACUC